AUGUACACAACUUAGUUAGAAUAAUUAUUAUCUUUUUUUCCAGAAAAAGAAUCAAUAAUAUUUGCUAAAAUUGAUGCGGAAAAUUUGCCUGAAAUAUCCUCCAAAUAUUAGAUAUAAUCAGUCCCAACACUUCUCUUAAUAGAUUGUCUUAAAAAAGUAAAAAUUCUUAAAUUAGAAAAUGAACCAAUUGCUUAAUUAUUAGAAACAUUAACGAACGAAAAAGAAAAAUAUGAGAAAUAAUAUAUAGCAGAAAAAGAACAUUUUUUUUCCAAAAUAAGUUAAAUAUUGUCUAACCCUGGUCUCACAAUGUUUAUUGUAGGUACUCCAACUGCUCCUUAAUGUAGAUUUACACGAUAAUUAGUAGACAUAUUAGCAGAAAUGGAAGUAAAGUUUUAAUAUUAUGACGUAAAUACGGAUGAUGAUAUGGUUAUAUGGUUGAAAUAAUAUAGUAAAUGGCCUACGUUUCCUCAAAUUUUUAUAAAUGGAGGAAAUUUAGUUGGGGGAUUGGAAGAAGUAAAAAAAUUAGAAAAAGAAGAUAAACUAUUGGAAAAAAUCCCAGGAAGUGAAUGGGUUUUAGAUAGUGAAAAGAAAAUUAAAUUUUUAUUAAAAAAUUAUAAUGUUUUAGCUUUUAUUAAUGGAGUUCCUAAUGAUUCUAAUUGUGAAAAAUCAAAAGAAUUUAUAGAAAUUUUAAAUAAGUUGAAUAUUUAAUUCGAAUUCUUUAACGUUGAUUUUGAUAUUGGGGUUUCUGAAUAGCUAAAAAAAAAUCAGGGUUUAAUUAAAUUCCUUAGCUAUAUGUUGAAAGUGAACUUAUUGGAGGAUUAGAUGUA